UAUGAAGCAUUGCUCCCCUUUUCCGCUCGAGAAAACCUUUGAUUUAGAAGUUUUUGGAUAAUGGAUAGUUACGGCCAAAUUUUAUGAGAAAAAGUCUUAUUAUAUAUAAAGCCUUAUUUGAAGUAAAGAUAAAAAUAAUCCAAACAAAACCCUAUCCCCUCUUUGAUUCCUCGCACAGCUAGCUGCCCACAAGCAACACCGCCCGAUUUCAGCAAAGCGAUUUCUUACCUGAAGCGAUAAUUCGGUAGCAACCCACGACCCUUAUGGCCUAAAAUCGGAUUACCCAUAUCCUGUAGAACACAGGUUCGAGUUGCGCGAUUCAAGUUUAAGGUUGACAUUGGGAAACUUAGAUAUGAUUCUCAAUGGAUGCACCACACCCACUGGGUGCUUCUUCUCAAAUUCCAAGUUAUCUAUUCCUAGCCGUUCUUCCAUCUUACGUAAUCCUCGUUGCAGCACACAAACUGCUAGCAUUAGGAGUUCAUGGGAACCUCAUUUAAAGCAUCAGACAUGUUACUAUGGAGGUCUCUUACCCUUAAAGCUAAAUGCUGCAUCUUCCCCUCUCUUAAGCGGGGAUCUAGGUGGGUUGCUAAGUACGAUCCCAAGGUUACCUGGGAAAAAAAAUAUUAGCAUGACACCGCGGGCAUCCAAAGAUGUCCCUACAAGUUAUCGUUACCCUCCAAUGACCACAAAACCAAAAUGGUGGUGGAGGACUUUAGCAUGCCUACCGUAUCUAAUGCCGCUUCAUGAAACUUGGAUGUAUGGUGAAACAGCAUACCACCUACACCCGUUCCUGGAGGACUUUGAAUUCUUGACAUAUCCCUUUCUCGGAGCCAUUGGGAGACUACCAAGUUGGUUCUUGAUAGCAUAUUUUUUUGUUGCCUAUCUAGGAGUUGUAAGACGAAAGGAAUGGCCUCACUUCCUUAGAUUUCACGUUGUUAUGGGCAUGUUGAUGGAGAUUUCCCUGCAAGUGAUUGGUACAAUGAGUCGUUGGUUGCCCAUUUCCGUCUAUUGGGGAAAACUAGGGAUGCACUUUUGGACAGCUGUAUGUUUCGCUUACAUGUUCACGGUCUUGGAAUGCAUGCGCUGUGCUCUUGCAGGCAUGUAUGCGGAUGUCCCCUUUGUCUGCAAUGCAGCCUACAUCCAAAUACCAUUUGAUUAAGAACUCUUCGGUUUAUAGUCGUGGUAUGAGUAGAAUGUGAUGUAGACAUGUAGUUUUGCUACUGUGCUUUUGGAAAUGAACAUUGAACAUUCUGAACUCUAUCGACAAUUUCUUAAGUUAGUCUUCAAACAUGUAUCUUUGUCUUUGUAGAAACUGAGGAUUUUGUAUGGAAGAAGAGCUUUUGGGCGAAGUAAAGAAGGAAACACGUCCUUACGGGUGGUUAAAGCUUUAUUAUCAUUUGCAUUUUGUCAACUUUGUUAUAAUGAAAUGAAUUUGAACCACUAUGUUUUGUGA